AUGGCAUCAGAGCCAAUGGAAGUGGCAGCUCUAGGAAGACCUCUGUCUCUUGGUAUGCUUUACGACUGCCGCAAAGAUUCCUUCAUUCCAGGUGUUACUCUGUGGGAUGAGAAAUCACUGAGUGAAAAUUUACACAAUCAUCCACAGCCCAGAACAGAUUUGAAGUUCAGUAGCUCUGACUCUCUUUCUAGUAAGUCCAGCCUCCUGGAUAUAAGUGCUUCCCUGAAGGCCAGUUUCAUGGGAGGACUUGUAGAGGUGGAAGGAUCUGGCAAGUUCCUGCGUGACACCAAAUCCUCCAACCAACAGUCCAGAGUUACAAUGUUUUACAGUGAAACCACAAGAUUUGAACAGCUCACUAUGUCCCAGCUGGGCCAGAUCACCUACCCUCAGGUGUUCGACCAGAAAACUGCAACUCAUGUGGUCACAGCGGUACUGUACGGAGCUCAGGCGGUCAUGGUGUUUGAUCGAUCGAUUUCAGAAGAGGAAAGCAAGCAGGAGAUUGAGGGAAAACUGAAUGUCAUGGUCAAGAGCAUCCCUGAAUUUUCCAUUAAAGGAAAAGGAUCUGUAAAUAUGAAAGACGAUGAAAAGAAAAUGUCUGAGAAGAUAUCCUGCACAUUUCAUGGAGACUUCUUAAUUGAGCAGAACCCCACCACAUACAUGGAAGCCAUACAGACAUAUAAGACGCUCCCCACUCUGCUGAAGGAGAAUCCACAGAAUGUGGUUCCAAUAAAAGUCUGGCUUUAUCCUCUUCAUCUAUUGGACGAUAAGGCAGCUCAGCUGCAGAGAGAGAUUACCACAAGUCUGAUUUCUGACACUGAACAUAUAUUCGAGGAGCUGGGAGAGGCAGAGAGGACGUGCAAUGACCUGUUCAAAAAUACACUGGUCAAUGCUUUCAGUGACAUCAAAGAGAGGCUGCAAUUAUUUCAGGACUCAUUAAGCACAUACAAAAUAAUGCUCCUGGAAGCAGUCCACAGGGUCUUGCCUGCUAUUCGAGGAGGAGAGGAGGAGGAGAAGUCUCUGGAAGAUAUCCUGAAUAUGCACAGGAGCUCCCCAUUCAGUGCUGACAAGCUUAACAAGUGGUUAAAUGAUGCAAAGUCUGAACUUCGCAUCUUGAGUUCUUACACCAAUAGGCUACAGGGGAUCAAUAUUGUAGGCUCAGCCGAUCUCAUUACCAUCUUUUUUGAUCCUGAUGUUGAUAAAGUGGUGUGCUUGACCUUCACAUCUCUGAAGUAUGAAGACCCAUAUCUUUCAACCCUGAAGGAGUUUCCGAAAUCUGACAUGUCUAAAGAGCUUGAUGCGAGUAAACCUUUUUCUGUGAAAUCUGUUAAAAAGUGGGUCAAUGGACACAGUGAGACUGACACUGGGUUUUCUACAAUGCGGUUCAUUGAACACAGUGCACACAGUGAACACAGUGUCACUGGGAUUUCCGUGAACUCUUUCACAAAGUGGUUCAAAGAUUUAAAUAUCAUAAUAAAGAUGAGACAGAACUUGUCUCAAUUCAGGAGGUUUGCAGAGGCCAAUAAAGAUGAAAAGAGAACCCGCUGCAUUAUUUCUGCCAUCUCCAAUCCCUUCAUUGCAGGCUCCUCUAUCAAUCAGUAUGAAAAAGGGAAACUGACAGACAGAGAGUUUCAGCCCACGUUCAAGCCGCCCCCAACAAUAGCAGAACCUGCGAUUGUAGGCGGGACAGGUGGUGACGAAUUCUCCUUUAAGUCUGCUUUAUACAACGCCUUUCAGAAGAUCACAAUAACUUACAAUCAGAAUGCGUUUUUCACAUCGAAUAGAGUGACAUCACUGAACACAAUACAAGUGAUUUUCCAGGAUUUCCAGAUGAUUAAAGUUGGCAGGGUAGCAGGAAAUAAAGAAAAAGUUUUUCUAUUUGACAUAACUGAUAAAAUUGUAAAUGCAACACUGUGGCCAAAUAGGGAUGGUACCAGAUUUGGGGGUUUGGAAUUUGUGGUUGAAAAAAAUGAUGGUGAAAGAAUAACAAUGUCUAUCAAACGUGCUGACUUGGGUGAGCCUGUGAUUGUUAAUGUUGGAUCAGGAAAAUGUUACGGCAUUAAAGGGAGAAGUGGAGAUGAAAUUGAUGCUCUGGGUUUCUACUGCAGUUAGCCUCCAGCCUGUUCUUGAUAAUUCUAAUCCAAAUAACAUCUAAACAGCAAUCAUAUACUCUAAACAUGUUUUUUAAAUGUAUACUCAGAUUUUAAGAGUAAAAAAUAUCAUAGAUUUGAACCAUAAACAAGUAACUCCAUUAACAACUGACAAAUUAAACACAUCAAAUCUGAGUUAAUGAAUAAAUAGUGAUUUUGGGGGUUUGUAAGGGAGAACAAUGUACCGUAUAGCAUCUUAUUCUGGUUAAUUUGUCCAUCUUUAUAUUUCAUCUAUUUUUUUUUUUUUGUACCUUGUGGAAGUACAAAAACUCUUGAUGUUCAAUGACAAUAAAGAGCUUAACUUGACUUUAAAGGGGCUUUAUGCAAGCUGUUGCUCACAAAUGUUCACUCUUUAAUUAUAUAACAGUGUGUAUUAAUGGUGUGUCUGGGAGAAGAGCCAAAGACAAUGAGCAGACCCAGAAAUCAUAUAAUUAAAAUUAAUUAUGAAGCA